AUGGAUCCUGGACUCCUUCGCAUAUAUUUUAUGAUUCAAGAAUUUCUCAAACAACCAGGUCACGUGUGGUGGCAGAUGUCGCUUGUACUGACCAUGGCUUACACAUUUUUUGUCAGAGAAAGGUUGCUGGAUCACAAUAUUUUUGAUUCGUAUCCAAACCCUUUGCCUGCAGUCAAGCGACGCUGCAAUGAUCCUGUGUUGGGUGAGAUUCCACAAUGUUUGUAUGUUCCAUCACAUAACUGUUGCAUGCAAACAAAUUUGAGAGGAUAAUUGAAGGGAAUUUAUUUAAGUUUCUUUUGCGCGGGCUUUUCUUUCAUUUUCUCUUAAUCUGAUGGAAACUACAGGAGGGGACGUUAUCGAUGUUUCUUUUUUCAUUGAAGAUAAUUUGUCUCUUACUCGGUGGAGAAGAGGAGAAGAGUCUUUUACCAUAAAUAUUCAAUUUUUUUUUCUCCGAAAAACCUCAAGUUUAUCUUCUAAAACGAUAUAACGGUUGUACAACUAGAGUAGAAACCGAAUAAAUAUCAUGAUGACAGAUUUCACUUGAAGCGUCCUAUAAUUUUUUUUCACGGUAACAGUGAUUAGUUAUUACAUUUGAUCUGAUUUUUUUCUUUUUUAAAAUCAUGUCAAAGAAGAAAUUCAUUCUUUUCAAUUGUCCUGUAACUGUUAGUGUAUGUGUGGCGGUUUUUUUUUUUUUUGGCAUGGUUUGGAAAGCGCUUCAAGAAAAUUGAUCUGUUAUACAGACCCCAUCCUUCACUGUUUCUUUUUAUGCGUCAGUGAAUUCCAAAACAUUUUCCUUCCGUUCGCAUUCGUAAACUUAGCACAAAAAAUCAUUAAUCACUAAAAAAAAAUGCUAUCAUUGCAGGGGAAGGAUACGUUGGAUGUUUUGAAGCAUCAAUGCUGACAAACUAUGGAUUUGAUGAACAGAGUUUAAGUGUAGUAACUCCCGAGGCAUGCAUUGACAAAUGCAAAACUAACAUGUUCACGUAUGCAGCCUUACUCAAAGGAAAAAAGUAUGUAACUAUGUAUUUGAUAAUCAUUUUGACGUCUGCUGUCACUUGCCAGACUCGACCGACUAAUUUUUUCGGAAUUUCUCUGGCGUUGGUGACUUCUUUUCCCUGAAUCGUUUAACAAACUUCCACAAGUCAAUCUAGUUUUUGCUCCCUUCAUCCGAAGCUAACAGUACUUGUUGUUCUCGAAGGAUAAAUUCAAGGCAAAUUAUGCAUAUGUUUGAGCAUUUUACCUUUUUUCUUAGAUGCUAUUGUGGUAUGGGCUACGAAAUUCAAGCAAAGUCCAAAGAAUGUAAAUGUCGCAGGAAGUGUAGCGGAGACAAAAAAAAGCGAUGCGGUGGAUCAAAACAUACCUCUCUUCAUAAAACAUGUAUGUUAUAAAAUAAUAUUCAAGAGUUCUCUUUGGCUUGGCCAUCAUGAGUUAAGAGCCAUUAUACCAUGCGUGCGCAUGAAGACGAGUUAAACCGAAAGUGUUUUUGUAAAUUGCAACAUUCCUUUUGUUCUUACAAAAUAAAGUUGGGAAGAUUUAUCAAUAUUUUGGGCCGUUUUAAAUGGAUUUGCGCGCUUGUUGAAUAUGACAUGGUUAUAGCAUAAUACGAGCCUCGUUGGCCACUUAUCAUCUCAUAUCCAACGCGCGUUCGUAGAAUAAUUUUUUGAUAUUUAAAGAAUAUCUAUUAACUCUAAGAACGCCAAUUUAUAAAUCUGUGAAAAAAUGGCCUCUUCCCAAUAAUCUGAUUAGAUAUCUCACCCACAAACCAUGUGCACUCUCGUGAAACAAGAAGUUUCAAAUAAUUUCAUUCUCUUUGCCAUGGGACCAAUUCAAGACUUUCUUUUUGUCUAAAUUUUAUGCUUUUCCUUUUCUUUCCGCAGAUUUCUGUACACAGAGAAUGAAAGCAGCUCGGACAAUCGAUGGAACAUGUAACGAUCUAAACAACACAGCCGCUGGAAGCAGGUUUUACCGGUUUGGUAGGAACGUCCCUCUAGAGUACACCUACACUAACUCAACCCGUCUCCUGAGCCCCGAUCCACGGAUUUUGGCCAGAACGUAGGUUUCAAGAUACACGCAUUGUAUUUUUAUAGAACUCUUUCAUUUCCUACCCUUCGUGUAUGCGAUUGUACAAAACUGACGCUGGGAGUUUGGAGAGAUGACAGGGGGGAGCGGGUUGGUUAAAAGAGGAAAAAGGAUAUUUAGAGACAAAAAGGUCCACAUGAGGAAUCAAGGCUUUUUCCUUGUUUCUUCUUUCCACCCUUAUCGACGUUGAAUAAAAUUAUUUUUUUCCUCCGUGGUGCAAUUGCAAGCCUUCAGCUACGCUUGCGCAAGCUGCCGUGGUAAAAAGAUCAUCUUGGGGAUUCUCUAACCCUAAAAAGCUUUUUUCAGCUUACAAUUCUGACCAAAAUGGUUAAAUCUUAAAUGUCUUAAAUCAACGAACAAGAAAUGUAAGAGAGUUUAGGGUUGAAUUUUGAAAUAAACGGUAGCCCAGUGGACUGGACUCUAGAUGAAAAGAUCUGAUUUCGAGCCCUGCAUAGGUCAUCGUGUCGAGUCUUUGGGGAUGAUACUAACUCCCCGAAUACCUUUCUCCUCACAUUGCCUCUCUCCAUUCAGGGGCACUUAAAUCAGAACCAGAAAACUGUCACGGAAAUCUAAAAAAUUGCCAAGGGAUGACCCUUCGAUGGGUUGGCAUCCCGCCAAGGGGUGAUUAAAAUACUCAUACUUGAUUCAUGCUCCUUGAAUUGGAACAAACUCCGACAAGUGGAAUCCUCUGUCUUGUAAGCCAAAUUUUCCUUUUUCUUAUCUAUUAAACUGUAGGCUAUUACAGCGAAAGAAGUUUCUGGAAGUCCCUUGGUUAAAUCUGCUUUCAGCAGCUUGGGUUCAGUUUAUGGUUCAUGACUGGUUUGACCACGGAACGCCAGUUACUGAAAAUAAGAUCAAAAUUCCUCUGCAAUCUAACGACUCACUGUACUCAAGAAUGAAAGGUUAGUAUCACUAUAUUGAUUAAUGUGUUUAUAACUUUACAUGCAUUAAAUUUUGUAGAAUUUAUUUCCAAUUUUCAGUUAAUGAAGACUACCACAUUUCAAUUCAUCUAGAAAGCGUCGAUUUGUAAUGUCUAAUUGGGAGUCCACAAUACUUUUGUACGAUUACAGAUUGUGUAUCACUGCUUGAUUUUGCUGCCACUUUGCUCAAUUUUGGAAACAAUAAACAGUAAAAUAGCACUAAAUAAGGUCAAAACUUGUGGAAAUAUUUUAAGUAAUUUUGCUAAAGCCCGUGACCAUUCCUUUCACCGAAAAAAAUUUUGCAAAUUCUAUUUGAAGAUCAGCUGUGGCUGAGUAGACAUGCCCAUAACUCCAUAGUGGCGCGAGCACAACGCCUGAGGUUCCUUCAUAGGUCAUUCAUUUCUUAUUAAUAAUAAUAAUAAUAAUAAUAAUUUAUUAUUACAUUUAUACAGCGGCAUAUAUAUUACUCUAUAGCGCUACACAAUCUUGAAAAAAGAAAAUCAAAGAAAUGCAUAGAUAAAAAAUAGGUAUUUACAAAGAUAAAAAUGUAAAAUGCAUAAAAAAGAAGAAUAAACAAGUAAAAUAAUAAAUAAUAAAUUUCUUCAAAGAUUCAGCCGAAAAUUUAGCCCCUGUCCUUCAUGUCUUCGUGUCCCUGUAGGGAAUUUUAAAAAUCCGCACAAAUGACACGUAUUUAUUUUAUCUGCUUCAUUUUUUAAGAUGUCUUUCAUUUCGAAAGUGUUAGAUCAUUCUCGUUCUGUGAGAACUGGCACUAAAAGAAUUUACUUAGAAAUCCAACCACUCUCAAUAGUCUAUUAGAUUUACCUGACCCUUGUAAGUGGACAUCACUGCAAAUAUUUCCCGCUCUUACAGUCAUGAAAGUUCUUCGGACGAAGCCAGACUCGUGCAGAGAAGAUACUGACCCACCUAUUUAUCAAAAUGACGUCACUCACUGGUGGGACGGCUCACAGUUGUACGGCAGUGACAUAGAAACGCAUAAGCGAGUCCGUUCCUUUGCUGGUGGAAAGCUGAUUGUUGAUGAUAACGAUGGUCUUCUACCUGUGGAUCCUAAAACCAACAUUGACGUCACUGGUAAGACCCUGGUAAUACAUCACGAACGACAUUCGUUGAUAAUGUGCCUUGUUCAAAUAUUUUUACGCUAGCUAAUCUUUUCGGGACUAAAAACUCAUCAUUUGUAACCGCUCCUUGUUUGUUGAUCGCCUCGUCCUUGUUAGUUAAGAGGCAUUGCAACGCAAAACUGAUUGUGCGAGCCAGACAUUUAACACUCUACUGGCCGACAACUUCUCACAGGACACUAGUGAUAACUUCCGCUAAAGUUGUCUAAACAUCAGUCACUACUUCCGAUAACUAACAGUCCUUCUUGUGACUACUCUCAUCUGAACGACCAGACUGUACGAUCAAAUGUUUUGCAUGGGUUAAACCACUUACUGAGUUUUUUUUGAGUCCCAUCAUGCAACUGAAAACGUUUUCCAGGUCAAACAGGAUUAAUCAAACGAAGACUUGAUUUCCUGUAUUCGUCUCAGGUAGAAAUUUUAUCUCUAGGCAUCGGUUUGAUGUAAUCGACCCAGUUUUCUUAUUAAGCACGUCCAAACAUUUAGUUGUCAAGCUUCCUUAAAAAUUUUCCACGCUUUCCACAGAGAAGUGUGGUGAGGGAAAAUUAUUUCGUUGAAGAAAACAACUCAAUUUACCAUCGCCAGAACUCCUAACAGACUUUCAGCGUAUUUAUAGAAGGGAGUUAAAAGAAUAAAUGUCAGCAAGGACUGAUAGGGUUCUGUCUAACAGUAGGUUUGGGUUUCAAUAAACACUUUUCGUUUUUAUAUGCUGCGGACAACGUGACAUGCCCCUGGGAUGAUAGGAAUUUGUCUUGUGCGUAUUUCUUACCUUACUGUUUUAUGUAUGCAGGAUUCUCCAAAAACUGGUGGGUUGGAUUAAGUAUCCUGCACAACUUGUUUACAAGAGAACACAACCGAAUCUGCGAUAUGCUUUUCAAAAAUCAUCCUGAUUGGACAGAUGAUCAACUUUUCCAAACAGCCAGGUACCGCCAUAUGAACCUUACAACCAAUAAAUGUCUGUUAUGAUUACCAUGAAAUCACAGCGAAAACAAGUCGAACCCAGAGUAAUUUAUUUUAAUGGGAGGAUAGUCAUAUAAUUUAGAAAGGGGGGAAAGGAGGUAAGUGGAACAAUACCGAUAAUACUGCAUAAAAAAGUAUGCAAUGGAAUUUAUGCUGUAGAAAUGAUUGAGCAAACACAGAAUUACUGGUCAGGUCUUGAACAAGUGCCCUCCCCUCUCCCAUUCCUGUGAUAAAGAAAUGUAUCCCCCCCGAUCCCUUUCCCUCUGAAAAAUGUUGGGGCACAUUCUCACUUAUUGUGAGACUCCACUGUUAAAACCGACACUAAUGAAAAAAACUUCAUUUAGGGAUACCAUUAUUUAUCAUUUUCUUUUUUUUUCUUUUAUUUGAAAAGCGAAUUGUUUUAUCUAGUCUUAUUUUGUUUGCUUGGUUUUUUUUUCUUUUUUUUUUUCAAUCAGGAGUGAUAUUAACUUUUUUCGUAUCAGGCUUAUCAACACGGCUCAAAUAGUUAGAAUCCACACUUUGGAAUGGACCGGUGCAAUACUGAACACGGACUUCAUCAACGAGUCGCUGAUAGCUCAGUGGUACGGUAAAGUUAGUCCACGAGUUGAAAAGAUAUUGCAGAGCAUGAAUAUUAGUAUCGGCGCCAACAGUAUUCCGACGCACGUGAAUAAUCCACCGGAUUACAGAGGGGUUCCUUUUUCUCUGACGGAGGAAUUCGUGUCUGUUUACAGAAUGCACUCGCUUUUACCGGAUACAAUUGCCAUCCGUCAGAUGAGUACAGGUGAGUAAUUCAUUUUUUUUUGUCACUUCAGGGAUCGUUUAUUAUUUAUCGCCGGAAGGGGAGGGGGAAGGAUUGGGGGGGGGGGGCCCAUAGGCCAUAAAUAACGAACCGUAGCUUAUAUGACACUAUACGAUUCGUACGUCACUUACCACCGCCAACCGGAGCUGUAACAACUGAGAACAAAAUGUAACUGCUAACUAUUUUGUAGACUUAAUCAAAGGAUGGUUUGAAUUUCGAACCGUUAACUUCUCAAAUAACAAGAAUUUUGCUCGAAAUCUUGAAGAACUGUAUUAUUUUAUUUUGACUUUUUUUUUAGGUAGUUAUAACGGAAAAAGGUACAGUCUCCCCAAAUAUUCUUUCGACCACGCCCGGAGGGUGUUCGACGAUAACCCAUUAGAUGAUGUUCUGUUUACUUUUGGAGUGGAGAAGUCAGGGCAACUGGUGUUGCAUAACUAUCCAACAACACUCAUGAACCUGAGGAUACCAAAGCACCAAAAAGGCGGACGGGUAAUACAACACAUCGUUUGUAUGUUUGUGUGUUUUCUUUACCGAAAUAGUCAAAAUAAACCUACAAAAAGGAUUUCUCCUCCUCUUAAUGCGGAAUUGAGGCUAGGCUUGAAGAGAAUUUCAGUUAGAAUGAGAAUAUCACGGUCCGAAUCUCAGAAAACUAUCUUGUUAGGGGCUGCUUUGCUAGUCAUAAAAACUAGGCAUUUCCACGUGUUCACUUUUUUACUGAGGUCAGUUUCAGUUCAACGGGUGAUGAGGCUGUAAUUAAAAAGUAUUUCACCAAUGAUAAUUCUUCAUCAAUCUAUUUCUGAUGGAAAAACAUUAACGUGAAAGAGUUUCUGGAGAGUUAUUCCUCAUAUCCACCACCUUUCCUUGUAUUUCACUUGGAAUUGUACCCGAGAGUAUCAGCUGUUCCCCCUUCUAAAAUUUGGGAAUGCGACUUUUCAAUUAAGACACUAUUUGAUGAGCAGACUUUCUUUUAUUUCGUAUCAGUAUAGAAGUAUUUUUGUGUAUCUUUUCCCUUCUUUCAGCUCGUUGACUUAGCAACCAUUGACAUUUUGAGGGACCGCGAGAGAGGGGUCCCACGGUACAACCAGUUCAGACGAUUGCUGAAACUUAGUACACCAAAAACAUUCGAAACACUUACAAAUGACUCCGUAACUGCUGCAGAACUCAAACAGGCCUACAACGGUAACAUUGAAGAUGUCGACCUUCUGAUUGGUUCUUUAGCCGAAGCGCGCCCUGACGGAUUUGGGUUUGGGGACACCCCGUUUCAACUUUUCCUGUGUAUGGCCAACCGUCGUCUUAAAACCGACAGGUAUGUGUUACCCACAGGCCCAACGUUAGCUUUGCGAUUCGAUAAUUUACAGUUGUUCACCUCCAUGACUUUCUACAUAAAAAUUCUUGAACGUACCGUGGAUGAAUGUGCAUGGUAGAGUCCUCACCCAAAGUAAAAAGUAAUUACCUUGACACUAGGCCAAAAGGAAACUCUUCGCCACGGAUUAAUCAAUUAAGAAUUGUAGACAACUUUCUUUACCACACCGAAAUUUCUCAGGCGAGGCUGAGUUUCUAAAUGCUAAGUUUAAUCCAUCCAUGGCUCUUUGGAGAUAAGCGAUCUGAUUUGUUUUCAAUUUCGGUGUAUUUCUAAUCUAUUAAUGAUGAAAGAGGCAGAUAAUUUAGAAAGCGUUUUCUUUUUUUUAUAUCAGCGUUUUUAAAGGGCGAAUUUCUGAUCUUCCGAGCGAUUUUCAUCACGGAAAACUGAAGACGAAUCUUUCCCAACUUCAAAGAGUUUGUAACUUGAUCAGUUUGACUUUAAAGACCCAAGAUCAUUUUUUUCCUAAAAGACUGUUAUUUUUCCUCACCAGGUUUUUGACAAUCGAUUACAAGGAAGAGUAUUACACUAGAGAAGGUCUGGACUGGGUUGAAUCAUCCACCAUGAAAGAUAUACUGCUACGAAACUUUCCUGAAGUGAGCGGUCUAGACAAAGCUAUGAAGAAUAUUACAAACGCGUUUUACGUGUGGAGUCAAUAACAAAAAGCGGUCUUCCCCUUGACAACUAGCCAGAUCCCUCUAGCUCUUCGGUAAUCUGUAACUGUAUUAAUCUCAAACUGAUUCAUUUGAAACUUCUCUUACAAAAUUGAUGUCCUAUCCUGUGAGCAUGCGAAAACCUUAGACCGCCAGAGUUUUUUCUUCCUUUACUAAAAAAAAGAACCGAGGCUACAAUGGUAGUUCAAAUCGAAGGAAAUUAAUUAAUGUAGUAACUAUGUAGUAUGUUUCAAAGUUCAUAAUACUAAGGCAAAAAUAAAAUGUAGCUUUUCAUGCAUUCCCUGUCUUCGGGAUGGUUUAGUUAUAAGUGAGUUUCAACCAAGCCUCAGGGAAGUUCAAGUUUACUUAUGUCGAACACGUGUAACAAUUAUUUGCCGGAGUCGAAGUGUGUGCUGUUCAAUAAUCCUCGAAAAAAGUUUCUAUGGCGAGAAAUGAAUAUAAAGCAUUGCUAAUCCGCUGACCCCAACAGUCCGGGAUACCCGUUUGAGGCCCCACGUGGAAAUGCACUCUUCGAAUAAAGUAUUUUACCCAAGAUCAUAUCACAACGACCUGGGCAGGUCAAAGUCCAGCCACAAUCAAUACGGCUUCUACGCUACCAUUGAGGUUGAUAUGGUGUAACCAAAUAAACUUAUCACGAG